AUGCCCGCAAAAAUAGUCUUCAGUAUCGAGACCUACUAUCGCUCCACCACUUUUGGAGUUCUGGUCCAUAACAAUCUGUCCCGACCGUUCGAUAAGCGGUCUGGUGCUCGGCAAUGUUGCAUCCUGUCGCCCAUUCUGUUCAACUGUGACAUCAACUGGAUUCUCGGAAGGGCCACACAUGGUUUUGACAGUGUUGAGUUUGCAUUCGGACAGCAGCAGACUGGUCUCGACUAUGCUGACGACAUCGGUUUGCAAGUCUCAAGCUUUACUGACCUACAGUCUGUGAUGCCACGGGUGAAUGAAGCCGCUGAGAAGGCUGGUGUUUUCGAGUUGCAUCACUGA